AUGCAAUGCAAGCUUGACGCCCAACAAGCCUUCAAGCUGGAACAGCUGGAGAAGGAAGUCCAGACCAUCAAGAAUGCCGUCAACCCGAGCCCAGUCUCCGCCGCCGGCGUCCUGCCCGCCGCGGCCCUGCCGCUUCCGAGUCCGAGCACGGCGUACCCCGCCGUCGGCGUCUUUUCGGACCACACCCGCCCGACCCCGUCCGCGUCACGGGUGAGCCUGCCAGCCCUGUCCCCCGUACCGCAGACGCGGCCGACGGAGCAGGUCCCGACGCCGACGCUCACGUCGCACACGACGCCGACAGGGCCCACGAGGCAGACCGCGCAGCCGCGGGCGCUGGGCUCCAAGGUGCUGUCCGGGGAAGACAUUGAUUUCUACUUUGACCACUACUUUGAGCACUUCCACCCAUACUUCCCCAUCGUCCGCUCCCAGGAUCCGGACCGGCUGUACAAGCAGAGCCCGAUCCUCUUCUGGACGCUCAUCGCCAUCUCGUCGCGGCGGUACACGAGGGAUGCCGGGCUCUUCCCGUUCCUCGUCGAGAACCUGCCCCGCGAGGUCUGGGCCGCCGUGUCGACGCCGCCCAUCAGCAUGUCGACCGUCAACGCGCUGCUGGUGCUGUGCACGUGGCCGCUGCCGACGAUCCGCUUCCUCAGCGACCCGAGCUCGUCGUACAUCGCCAUCGCGCAGAACGCCGCGCUGAUGCUGGGCCUGCACACGGGCCGCGGCACCCAUCCCGAGUUCUGCAUCGGGCCGAACAGGCAGACAGACAUCACGGACGAGGAGGCCUGCUUUACGUGGAUGGGGUACAACAUCCAGGCCCAGAGGGUUGCCGCGAGCAACGGGUACCCGCCACCGGCCGGGUUCUUUAACGAGGCAGUGAACAGGGCUGCCGCCGGGAGAUCGCUCCCCGACGCCCUGGGGUACUUUGGGGUGUUGUACGAGAUGCAAAAGUUCUCCAACAGACUGAGCCGCACCAUGUUCUCCGUCGCCGAGGAAGGCGAGGGCGUGCCCGAUACCGUGAUCCAGCUGCUGGAGGACGAGCUGAACAAGCUGAGGCAACUCCAAUCCCGACACAACUCAGAUCUUGACCUCUUCGCCAUCCUCGCGGUCCAGUUCGAGCUGCAGUCGUACUACUUCACCCCGCUCUCGACCGUCGACAAGUCCACGUUCCAGCACAACGUCAACCGCGCCUACAGCACGGCCCAGGCCCUCAUCAACCUGAGCCUGCGCCUCGACGCCUCCCACCGCUUCCUCUUCCACGCGCCGCAGCACGUCUUCCGCACCAUCCUCGACGCCGUUGCCGUCGUCUUUGACGUCUUGAUCUCCGGCCACGCGACCGAGGUCGAGCUCGCCAACGCCGAGGUGUCGAUCAAGAACUCCCAGGAGGCGCUGCGCCGGUGUUCCGUGCAGGAGGGGGACUUUGCGAUGCGCGUGCUGCGCAUGUCGGAGAGCUACUGGAGCCUGCGGCACAUGAUGCCCGCGCUCGAGGCGCCCAUCUCGCAGUACCCGCACCGCACCGGCGCCGUGAUUGCCUUUGGCACCCUGAGGCGCUGGAAGAAGGACCUGGACCAGGCCCGGGUCGGUCACGGCGGGCAGGGAGCAGGAGCAGCAGCCGCCGGCGGGGUCGGGGGCGCGGCGGGGACGGCAGCGGCGGGGGCGGCGUCGAUCCGUGAGUGUAGGGCGCGCGGGUCCGGUGUGAGCGUUGCUGACCUUGUGGUAGCGGCGGCAGGGGCGGCGGACGCGAGCGGCAACGGAGCGGGCGGCGUGGUGCCGGCGAGCGACCUACUGCAGGACAUUGAUUGGUCGAUGCUGAUGGACGAUUUCGACUGGACGGCGGGCGGCGUGGGAGAGCCGAACUUCCUCGGGCUUUCGUAG